AUGUCAGACAACAUACCAUUCGAAAUGCAAAUGGAAAUCAUGAAAAAGCUUCCUGUCAAAUCCUUGAUUCAGUUCCGAUCCGUCUGCAAACCAUGGAACUCUCUCAUCGAUAGCCCUGAUUUCAUUACGCAGUACAACGGCCAACGUACAAACCCGCAACAUCUGUUUCUAACCUAUUAUAGUUGUGGGGAUAAAUACGUUUCAAUUGCUGAUGAUCAUACUUUUCCCCAACACAAAGUUCCCCUCACUUUUCCCCAAUGGCUUUUAGAUUAUGAUUAUGAUCUAAUCGGCUGCUCUCAUGGCUUGUUGUGUUUGUCUUAUUAUGAGGACCAGACCAGAAUAGCUAUUAUUUGGAAUAUUUUGAUUAGAAAAGCAAUCGUUGUACUUGUGCCUAAUGUGGCAGGUGGGGAGGUUUAUAAAAAUGUUUUAGGUUUUGGGGUUUGUCGCGAGACUACCGGCCCGAAAAUUGUCAAGAUUACACCUAUUCGGAGUCAGAGUGCUAUGGAAAGUGAAGUUACCAUAGAUGGGUCUAUUUAUUGGCCUGCUGCUGAUAGGGCUGAUGUGGAUGGUGGGUUUAGGUUCGAUACGAUUAUUUCGUUUGAUUUCACCCGUGAAGAAUUUAAAGAAGUGAGCCUCCCAGAUAGUUUAGCACACCAGAGGUAUAAAUAUAUUUUGUCUGUGUUAAAACUAAAUGAGUCUCUUGUUGUGCUUAAACAUGUCAAUGAUCUGGCUUACGAUGUAUGGAUGAUGGAGGAUGGGGUUUCUAAACUGUUUACAAAGCUAUUCACUAUUAAUGUUAGCACACGAGAUGCAAAAGUAAAGGGAUUUAGAAAGAGUGGUGAACCUAUAAUUAGCUUUAGUUUCUCAAACGAUUAUCGUAACAAAGUUGUUUAUGAUCCCUACUCGAAACAUAAUGAUAAUGUUGUGAUUGACAAUAUAUUUGCUUCAUAUUAUCUGAUUCCCUACAUGGAAACGCUGCUUCUGCUUAAUCAGCCAGAUCUUACGGUUCAUAACCAAGUGGAAACCCUCAAAUUUGAAGAUGAUUGGCUUCUAGAACCGGGUUUCAGUUAUGGGUUUAACCGUAAUUCUUUUCCUGAGGACGACUACUUUAUGGAUUAUGGAAUGUAA